AUGCCAGGUCUGCUUAACCCAGUGACAUUCAACACAGAAAUAGCGGGCGGCCUUACACCCAGGGACGUUGCCGCAUUCAGCGAACAAGACUGGACCUAUAUGCACCAGUGGUGCAACUCCAGCACGAUAAAACCGCCAAUAAUAAUAACCAAGCUGGUGCCGAACAGGUCCCAGAGGGCACUGAAUAGACUCCGCUACUUCCAGGUCAAGGCUUACAUAGCCCAGCUAG